AUGGAUAACGAUCCUAUUGAUCCCGUGCCGGCUGACGCCGGUCCCAGCGAUGAUUCCGCCACUAUCAACGACGGCAUCACUCGAGCCCGUAUUGAGCGUUUCCAGAAGAGUACCCGUCCACGAACUGAAGAGAUCUUGAAAGACAAAGGCUACGAUACUAGCAAGUACAACUUUGACGACUUGCCCGAGGCGGCUCAUCAAGCCCGCGAAGACCGCUUCAUCGAGUGUGUUAAGACCUUACUCGACCUUGCCCUGGGAGAGGACACAGCACUUCCACAGGCCAGCCCCAAGGACCCGAAGAAGGAUGAUGAACCGCACGUCUCCAAAGAGUCCUUCUAUUCGACCGUUCCUCUCGACAUCUCUCCGUUCUGCGACUCGGUGCGCCUCCUGGAGCUCUUACCUGCAACAAGUUCGGAUGCACCAAUUUGCGCCAAGAUGAAAUGUCCCAGAAACUUUCCGGGACUGCCCAAGUAUGAGGCUCUCUCAUACGUACGGGGCUCGCCUGAGCCUGUGUGCGCCAUCACGAUCAACGACCAUCAGAUCAUGAUCAACUCGAACCUCCACGACGCCUUGAAGUACCUCCGCCGACCAGGAACCUCACGAAUCUUGUGGGUGGACCAGCUAUGCAUCAACCAGCAAGACGCAGUUGAAAAGUCCCAUCAGGUAGCUCGCAUGGGAGACAUCUAUCGCAAGGCCACCGACGUCAUCAUCUUUCUCGGUCCUCCCACUGCACCCCUCACCUUCUUCAUGGACGCGUUAGCCAACAAACGCCUCAUAGAUCUGCAAGACGAAGCAUUGGAUGGGCCAGGAAGCAUUCUUCAACUGGCCGUCGAAGCCGUCUGCGCCUUCUGCUCGAACCCGUGGUGGACACGACUCUGGGUGCAGCAGGAAUUCUACCUUGCCAACGGCGACCCUCUGUGGUACUGUGGAGAUCUAUCAGCUCGCACCUCUCAGAUCCAAGACGAACUUGUCCGGCUCCGAAAAGACUUUCUCUCUCACCGUGCCGAGCUGGAGGACCGAGGCAUCCCGGACCUGAGCCUGGAACACGCGUUUAACAACCUCUUUCCCAUGGUCCUGGAACAACUAGCCCAACGAUCCAACUUCAGAGGUCCUCGUCGCUCAAAAGACAAUGAAAAGGGUGCUUACCAGCCAAAGACGCGGCUCCAUAUCCUUCCAUCUGUGCUAUACGCACAACUAGACAGAACCACCUCAGACCCGCGAGACUACGUUUAUGGCGUCCUAGAUCUCAUGGGCCCAGUAUUCAGCCAAACAGUUCUCCCAGACUAUUCGAAGAGUGCGGAGUACGCGUUUGAACUACUGGCCGCAUGGCUUCUCCUGGUAGAAUCCUGGGCCGACAUGUUCUGGCACUACUCUUCUCGACCAGUCACCUCUCCUGAUGAUCCCGUCACUCCCUCAUGGGCCCCAGACUUUUCUCGUCGGUCUCAUAAGCCCAUCUUCGAGCCAACUCCGGAUAAAGCAAACCCCGGCAAGGACCUUGGACACAUCAGCUGUGCUAUUGUGGAUCGGGUACUGCACAUCCAAGGACGGGAGCUCGGCGCAAUAAAGGAGAUUGUUUUGCUGCCCGCUGACAACAGCCUCGCCUUGAUUAACGAACUUUGGCGGUUCGACAACCAGCGCAACGACAUGUCGAUGGCAUUCGCCAGGCUUGGCCUCGUGGCCAGGACUCCAUCAUCCUCCUUCUACUGGGCCAUGGACCAUUUGACAGGCGUGGACCAAGCAGCUUCAACCCGUACUCGACUCAACUUCCAGGUGGACGUUGCUGUCUUGUUCAAUAUUCUCAAGGAAGAGUAUGACAAAGUGCGACGAGACAUUGACGCAAACCCACUAGUGGGCGAGUCCUCCGAAGACGACGGUGAAUCAGAGAACGCCUCAUUGUAUUUUCGCAACAUUCGGCUAUCCGGUAUGUUCAUCUUCCUCAGAGAUAAGGCUCUCGGAGACUUUGCAGGCUCCUGCAUGUUUGACUACGCGAACCUAGUAUCCCAGCUACAGGUCCUCGCGUUCCAAACUCAGCAAGAGACAGAGGACUUGGCGCAACAGCUAUUUGGAAUCGAAGAAGCACAAGAUGAGAGUUUACCGGAAAUGCAGCCUUUCUGUCUCGCCCUAGCGCGUCAACUAUACAACGGCGUUCACGAUGAGGAGAUACAGGACUGCGUGGUUCGUAUCCUGCGCAUUGCAAGAGUGUUCCAUGAGGUUUGUCAGCACCGAUGGAGCAAACUCACACUUGAACCCCAGGCAACUGGAGAUGAGAAGUCGGUAGAAUACGACGCCCAGGUGAAAGAAUUGACCAACAUGGCGCGGGACAAGUUGCGCAAUCUGGACCACGUGUUGCCCAAAUGGGACCAGGAAGUGAACCCGUUGCAGGCCCUCCUGGACAGCAGAAACGUCACGUGUGAAGGACGGGUCUUAUUCCGGACUUCUAACGACAAGAUGGGCCUGUCGUGCCCUGGUGUCGAAGGCAUCGCGGUGGGUCAGAGGAUUGUGAUGCUCGAGGGCCCCAGAUUCCCAAUGAUCAUCUGCCCUACCCCAUCCCCGUCGUCUGAUAAGCACAGAUACGGAAAAAUGAUCGGACAUGCCAUGGUUGAGGGAGUCGAGACAAGCAGCGGCGAGGUCGGAAGUCAGACAGAGGGAUCGCCCAAGGCAAAGCUCAAGAUGUUCAGAAUAGUUUGA